AUGCAGAACCAUCACGGUCUAAGUGAAGACCCCGAAUUGCGCGCAAAGCUUGAACAAGGUGCACAUUAUCUGACUCAUCAAGCCACUACGUCGGCGCUAUCUUCAGUAGGUGCUGUUGCCGCGAACACCGCAAGCACCCAUCCUGGUCUGAAACCUAUACAACCUUCACCCCAAUCGCAUGGAUACGACGAUUCUUCUGGUUUAGAGACGCAAUCGCAUAUCCAUCCUCAGCUCAGAACGACUUCUAAUAUCGUGCCUGCAUCGGAUAUGAUGCAAAGGGGUGUCUCACCACCGUCCGACGAAGGCGGCCCCGUUUCUACAUCUCCCGUCGGCGGCAUGGGUGCUCAAGGUCUUUUAGGGCAUGAUACUGACGACUCGGUGGCGGACGGAAGAAAGGCUAAGCGCGAAUUAUCUCAGUCAAAACGAGCCGCCCAAAAUAGAGCUGCUCAGCGCGCUUUUCGGCAAAGAAAGGAGCAUUACAUCAAGAAGCUUGAACAGCAAGUGCGCGAUUUUGUCGAGAUGGAGCAUAAUUUCAAGGCAGUUCAGAACGAUAACUACGCCCUUCGCGAGUACGUUAUACAAUUACAGUCUCGCCUAUUAGAUUUGCAGGUCGAAUUACCUCAGCCGCCCCCAAAUGUGAAUAUCUCGCCUCCCGCGGCCUCUACCAACGCUCGUGCUGCGCAUACAAGCGUAGCCCCUGAACCUACUCCAAACCCCAGCACCAACAAUAAUGCUGGUACUCUAGCAGAUGUUGCGGCAGCAGUCGCCGGCCUCAGCAGCGCACGGGGGGGAUCGGCAGAAAGUAUGUAUCCUAAGCCAGGCUAUAAGACAGAGCCAAACGAGGACUCGCAAACAGCCGAGGAGAUUCGCAGACAACUCCAACAGGAUGGGUUACCAGCUCCUUCAUCGCUGAGAGCUUAG